UCGUGCGGUUCGUUUAAACGUUUAUGAGCCGUCUGAAGUUUGUUCGUGUCGGGCUUCCAUUUUUCGCAAUCGUCUUGGGUAGCGCGUACGGACUUCACUUUUUCCAACAAGUCCGAUUCGAUUUUCGAAAAAUCAAGCAAGAAGACGAUAAUCUUGAGCUCUUGAGGUCAGAUUUGACAAGAAGCGGUCUGCGUCUUCGCGAAGGAGUCACUGUCGAGUCAGUUUAUAAAGAAGUCGCUGAACUUGACACGGACAACUGGGAAAACAUCCGAGGUCCAAGAGAUACUGAAGAUCUCACCGACUAUAACCUAAUCAAAAAGCAGCAACAAGAAGCUAGUCGCAAAGUUCGAGAGUUGAAAUCUAAUGUCUGAAAACAUCCCCGACAUUGACCCCAACGAGCUCCUUCCAAACGCGCCAGGACAACAUCAGGACCUUGGAGUUGAUAAUCCUCCAGAACCAGAUAACGCUUCAAUCCGAGCAGAGAGAGGUUCACCGACUCCGUCGUCCGUGACAGUCGACAACGCACCCUCCCUGCCGGAUCGGUCAUUCUCGCAUUUACCAAUUAACGAUCCAGUUCCCACACCAUCCGACA